AUGGUGGUGAGCAAUAUGAGCAGACAAUCUAUUAAAAUGUUGACUCACAAAAUACAUUUCCUGUAUGUGUUAUUUGUUUGUGUUAUGAUAUUGUUGUAGCAAUUUUAUUAUAGCCAAUUUAACCCAAAAAGGACUUGAACUGGUAACCUCACAAUUAAUCUGUUCCUUUCCUUGUCAUUCUAUCCCAGUGUCAUCCUUUUGUCAUUCCGUCAAAGCAUCUUGCAUCUUUACAAUAGGCCUAUUUAAAUUAAUAAAUUAACAAUAGUCUGCCAACAUUUUACAUAAAAUGGCAUGGUAACCAUGGUAAUUGUUUAUGUGAUAUUCAACAGCUCCUUUGUGGCUCUGCUGGGUUAAGAUGUCCUGUUGUACAGGAUGUGCAGGAAACCAAAUCUACUAUAACAGUAGCAAUAUCAGGUUUAGUCAGUCUGAUAUAUAAUAUAAUGUUACCCUUAUUUCUAUUAAUCAGUGACAUGUAAUUGUUAUCAAUAUCUAGGCUACUUAUCAUUAUUCACAACUAUACACACAUUCUUACUGUAAAAUGUGCAUACUGUAUGCAUGUCUGACCAUAGACCCCUUUGUCAAAGCUGAGCUGCCUGAAGGGAGACCAACCAUUGUCUGACUACUAGAGGUUCCCAUGGCCUUACUGCCACCCAUAUCAAAAGGACUCUAGUGAAAGUGUGCAAGAUUCUUUUAAAAUGUAUCCUCUUUCAUUUUAAUGCUUUCAGAAUGUUGAAAAUAAUAUAUUCGAUUUCUAUUCUUAAUAUCAAAUAAUCUCCAGUUGAAAAAAAUGCCAGUUUGCAUAUUGCAUUGAUUUUUAUCCCUACCACAAGUGGUUAAUUUUUAAGCAAUCCAAUCUGAUGUAAAUCUGGGCAUGGCUGCGGCAGAUUUUCCCAACCCCCCCACUCUCAAACUACCUCCCCGACUCUCUCUCUCUCUCUCUCACACACACACACACACACACACACACGUUUCAUUUUAUAACAUGGUGGGGGCCUUUAAGAAUAUUAAUGUGGCCAUAUUUGAUAGAUUUGUAUUGCGUUCUGCAGUGUAGAAAGGGAGAGUUUUGUUGCGUGUGAGCUUGAGACAGUUAGCUGGCAUGUCUGAUCAUGGGCGGGGGAGGGGGGGCAGUAACAUUACAAGCAGUCAAAUACCCCCUUUCUUGUAACAAUGUGAAUGGUUUUUGAGGAGGGAGGGGUGCGCGGAGAGAGGCAGAGAGACAGGAGAGAGAGAAAGGAGGAGGGGGGGGGGGCGUUCUGCAAUAAUAUAGUCAGCCAUUUUUUAUGUAAGGGGAUUUUUCUUAUUGGGGGGGUUGUUAAAAAAUAAAUAUAAGAGCGGCCAUCUUUGUUUCCCUGCCUUGUAGUGUAAAAUAUUCCAAAACGGCCCCCACUUUUUUCUGGUGUCGAUUUGAAUAUUAAAUAAAUAUCAUAAUUCCAGAGGAUUUCUGAUUUCGAGGACGGAGCCGAUGACAGGAAUAUAAUGUCCUCUCCUCUCCGGUCCUGUGAGGAAGACCAGGGCAUGUUGGUUAAUUCCAAGGGAGGAGAUUUUGAUGAAGAAGACGAGGACCACGGAGAUCUAGACGAGAACGCAAGCGACAUAAACUCGCCGGCGGCGCCUCGAGAAACUGCAACACUAGCCGCGCCAGGUAGGCUAUAGUAGGCUACAGUAGGCUAAAGUAGACAGACACUGGCGAAAGACUCGGGAGCGCGCACACAAAAUAGAAACACAUACGCCACAUUUGGAAAAAAGUACGCCAGGACACCCUGUGCCACUCAUCUCAAUAGUUAUCUGUUCCUGCAAUAUAAUUAUUUGCGCCCCCGUUACUCCAAGGGAAAGCGCAGCUUUGAAAUAGAAAGAGUUGAAGAUUCAAACUUCUAGACCAACUUGAGACCGCUCUUUUCGUUUUUAUCCCAUAUACAAUUUCACAAAGUUGAUCCUCCUCGACGUUGCUUUUCAUCCUGACAAUGCUGCCAUAUUCAUAGUAAAUAAUAUCUCAAUAUUAAUAGGUCGAUGUGAAGUGUACAGCUCACGACAUCACUGGCAGAAAACAUGGACUCCCCAGCAAUAAGCUUUCUGAUAGUGGUCUUUAGAAUAGUGCUGUGAUGUCUGUUCCCGAGGCGUGAGCGUUAAAACCGGAUGAUGGAGUGAGUGCUGGAUGAUGGAGUGUAAAUAAACUUGCCCCUACCCCAUGACGGUCUCCACUGUCAUACUGACAGGGACGGUUCAUGAUAGGACACUGACACUCUACUCCAAGUUCUGAAUAGAACCGUUAUGUGUCGCCUACAGGGCUUUUGUUCCUACUCUCUUUUCGAUGUCAUAGCAGACUAACACAUGUAACACGUAGGCCUAUAAUAAACAAUGACUAGAAAAUAUACUGUAAAGCCUCAAAAUAAAGGACUUGCCUACAAUGUCAUGUGCAAAACACUAUCAACAGACAUCUUAUUUUUCUCCUAAAUUUAUUUUUGAGGGACUUCAGAUUAGGGCUACCUGGUUCCUGCACACCAAAGAAAAUGUUUACAUUAUUUUACAGUUCAAUUUAAUUAAUACAAUUAAAUUAAUUGGUAUGUAUUAAAUAGUGACAUCAGAUAUUGCAUGUCAUGAUUUUGGGAUAUUCAACAAGGGCUCUUUUAGCAUCAGUGUGAACUAGUAGGCUAAACUAUGUCGUCUGUCUCGAGACAAAGCGCGCGCCGCGUAUCAAUUAGUGCGCUUCCUGCAGCGGCUCUAAACCCCCUGCGACCUGCGCCAGCGGUUGUUGCUGUUGUUGCUGUUGUGUUCGGGACCGAGGUGUGGGAAUUAAUUGCGGGGAAGUAGGGUAGGGAGUCGUUUCAGUUAAUCCGAUUGAGACAAACUAGCUUGCGGCCUCAGAAUCACCGAGCCCCGAGUGAGUGCUAAUGCCGCCCCUGGCUGCACUGUGCAGCAGAAAUAUGCGGAGACCUUGUCUGGGCACGCGCUGCGUGUUGUAGCUCUACCAACAAAGACAUACCAUAAAAUCGAACUAAUUUCUACCAAGUGCAAUGGCGGCCGCAAGCGAUAGAUUUUUUGUGAUGUUUUUUCCCCUUCUCUUCAUCCCCCUGACAAAGCAUAGGCUUCUCUCUCUCUCACUCUCCAAUAGGGUGCUGUCUCACUUUUUGCCCGGGGAAAAACUUGAAUAAAGGGAUGAAUGGCUCAUUAUCACUCAGUGAUCCUCAAAACGUGGGAUGUUGUGGCUUCUAAAUAAAUCUAUUACAUGUUUGAUUGGAUUUUAUUUUCCCAAUUCAUUAUUGCGGGAAAAACAUAUUGCCAUGGACAUAACGUUUUAGAAGCCCUAAAGCACUGUGCAACAUGUAGCCUACAUAAGACCUUACUUUCAUAUGUCUCAGCCUCACAUUUUCAAUGCCACCAUGAACAACAUUAUUGUGUGUUAUGAAGCAUUCAUUAACAUAUGUCCAUAAGUCAGUUAUGGAUUUGGUUUUCACUCAACUGAUACCAAUCAGCUGUCAAUUCCACUUAUCAGUCAAACACACUGACUGGAACUAAUUCAGCUUGUCACAAUUCAGUCAAGCUUGAUGGUCGUGUUAAGACACUAUACUCUCACUUAUGACACGUGGUGUCAACUCACACAUGACAGCGUGUUGGUGAGAGGCUUUUGUUGUGCUUAAUUGUGUUCAGAAGAGAUUAGAUCGAUGAUUCAAAGCCUUCAAAGAUGAUUAUAGUCAAUAUGAUUUAAUCACAUCUCUCUCUUUCUCUCUUUCAUCCCCCUCUCCUCUCAUCAAUCCCCAGUGGAGGAAGAAAGGGAAGCAUCAGACAGGGACAGUCUAGGUAGGAAGAAACGAGGUCCCAAGAAGAAGAAGGAGACAAAGAAGAAGGAGAAAGAGAAAGAAGGAAAACCAGUUAAAGCCAGAAAACGGAAAAAGAUUGUAAGCUUCUCGAUCAUUACGGUUUAACUCCAUCUACCGCCAUACAUUCUGAUGACACUUCAUUCUAUUUCAUUUGCUUAAUUGAAGCCUUUUUUUAAUAUAUCUGUGACAUUACAUAUUGAUUUAGCAUCCUCACCCUCUCUUUUCUGUUCUCUCUCUUUCUCUUUCUCACGUUCCCUCUCUCCCCUUCUUUUCUCCUCUCCCCCUCUCAGGAAAGUGAUGUAGAGAGAGACUCGGAGCGAGAGAGAGAUUAUGGCGAGAACUCAGACAGCGCAGCCAGUGACUUCACUGGCGAGAAAAAGAAGAAGAAGAAACACAAGGAGAAGAAGGAGAAGAAAACCAAAAAGAAGAAAAAAGACGAUGGGGACAGCACGCACGAGGAGACAACAAAGGUAAGAAGAACACAACAAUAAAGUGCUAUUGUUUUUUUUUUUUUUUUUUUACACAUUCUGAUGGCUCAAGUCUUCCAGCUCUCUGAUUGGUUGUUUCUCUCCUGCAGCCAAUAGAACAGAAGACGUCGGCCCAGCUGGCUAAGGACUGGGGUCUGGAGGAUGUGGAUCAUACAUUCACUGAAGAUGAUUACCGCACACUCACCAACUACAAAGCCUUCAGCCAGUCCAUGAGGUACAGUUGGCCUGCUGUAGAGAUUGAGGCAGCUGAGCUUUUGUCAAAGUGUUGACUGUCAGCGAGAUGACUCAAUGAGUUAUUGUUUAUUUCAGUUUUGUAGUUCACUACCAACCGUGGAACAAUUCCCUCAAUUCACAAUCCCUCAGAAACAAAAAUUUAUAGUUCAAGUUUAUUUUCAAGUUCAAGAUUAUUUGCCACACGGUUCAAAAUCAACUGUCAUUACUGUUCUGUACAUCAAACACUCAGCUCUUCUUCCUCUCCCCUCUUCCUCUUCCUCACCUUCCUCUUCGUCUACCCAGGCCCAUGAUAGCCAAGAAGAACCCUAAGAUCCCCAUGUCUAAAAUGAUGACCAUCCUGGGGGUCAAGUGGAGGGAGUUCAGCUCCAACAACCCCUUCAAGGGCUCCGGUGCUGCAGCUGUGGCAGCUGCAGCAGCCGCCGCCGCCAUCGCCGUCGCCGAGCAGGUCUCCGCGGCAACCCCAUCCCCGGAGCCACCUCCCCCCCGGAAGCAGCCCCAACCCCCACGGCCGCCCCCCCAGCCGCCACCCCCGCCUCCCCCGCUCCGCAAGGCCAAGACCAAAGAGGGCAAAGGUCAGAGGAUGAGAGAGAAGGGUGGAGUGGUGAAGUGGUUGAGGGUAGCAUGUGUAGCAAGGACUGAUUGAAUUUAAAUGGAAUUGGUCACAAAUUGUAGUCUGGACCCUCAGACGUUUCACAUUUUUGUUGUAGCCCUGAACUGGCACACCUGAUGCAAUUCGUCAAUAAUAUAAUAAUAAUAAUAAUAAUAUGCCAUUUAGCAGACGCUUUUAUCCAAAGCGACUUACAGUCAUGCGUGCAUACAUUUUUGUGUAUGGGUGGUCCCGGGGAUCGAACCCACUACCUCAAGGGUUUGAUGAUAGUCGACUAAUUUAAUCUUGUGUGCCAGUUUAGGGCUACAACAAAUAUGUGAAACGUCUGAGGACCCCGAGGAGAGGUUUGUGAAACCCUGCGCUAGAGCACUAGUACAAUUCUUGACUUCACUCUGUCCCUAUUUCUCAGGCCCUGGGUAUAAGAAGAGUCGCAGUAAGAGUCCACGUGUUCUGGCUGAGAGGAAGAAGGCGGUGGCAGCAGCAGUAGCGGCUUCAGUAGCUAAAGCCAAGAAGAUGGCCCCCAUACGCAUCAAACUGGGGGCCCUAGGCAACAAGAGGAAGAAGAGCAGCUCUGUAAGUAUUAAUAUGCUGUGUAUUUGGAUCUAUAGAUGUGCUGUGUAGGCCAAUGUAUGUAGGAGCAUGCUGGUGUAUGAGUCGACAGAUCUGUGUUUCUCUCCUCUCCCUCUCUCUCUCUCUCGCUCUCUCUCUCUCUCUCAAUUCAAUUGAAUUUAAAGGCUUUAUUGGGAUGGGAAACAUAUGUUUACAUUGCCAAAGCAAGUGAAAUAGUUAAACUAAAGUAAAAUAAACAAUAAAAAGAGUAACAGUAAACAUUAUACUCACAAAAGUUCCAAAAUAAUAAAGACAUUUCAAAUGUCAUAUUAUGUGCAAAUAGUUAAAGUACAAAAGAGAAAAUAAAUAAACAUAAAUAUGGGUUGUAUUUACAAUGGUGUUUGUUCUUCACUGGUUGCCCUUUUCUUGUGGCAACUGAUCACAAAUCUUGCUGCUGUGAUGGCACGCUGUGGUAUUUCACCCAAUAGAUAUGGGAGUUUAUCCAAAUUGGAUUUGUUUUCGAAUUCUUUGUGGGUCUGUGUAAUCUGAGGGAAAUAUGUGUCUCUAAUAUGGUCAUACAUUUGGCAGGAAGUUAGAAAGUGCAACUCAGUUUCCACCUCAUUUUGUGGGCAGUGUGCACAUAGCCUGUCUUCUCUUAAGAGCCAAUAGCAAGGCUAUGCUCACAAAGUCUGUACAUAGUCAAAGCUUUCCUGAAGUUUGGGUCAGUCACAGUGUUCAGGUAUUCUGGCACUGUGUACUCUCUGUUUAGGGCCAAAUAGCAUUCUAUACGAAUAGCAAACAAUACGAAAUACUAACUCUGACUGGAAAAACACAAUGACACAGGGAGAACAUUUCUCGAGUACCUGUAACUCCGUCACGUGAUCCGACACUGAUACAUUCUACUUGACAUCAAGGAACUAGCAGAGAAAAAUGAGCAAGGGGACACAGGGAAGGGAGGGCAUAAAUACACAGGUGAAUCAGAUAGCCACAGGUGACACCAAUAGGCAGAUAAUUAGUCCCGACUGUGAGUGAGGAGGUGCCUAAGGUUGUCGGAGGAUGACACCUAGUGAGUUACUCUGGAACUCCCCCCCCCCCCCCCCCCCGACGAACGGCUGCAGCCGUUCACCUCGGAGCCUCCGGAUGGAGGCGACGGAAUGCUGUAUCAGCCCUGGGUCCAGAAUGUCCCACCUGGGCACCCCGGACCGCUCCACCGGCCCAUAACCUUCCCAGUCCACCAGAAAUAGGAGACCCCUCCCCACCCACCGGCAGUCCAGGAUCCGGUCCACUGUAAAAGCCGGCUGCCCUCCGACGAGGUGCAGCGGGGGAACAGGACGAGGAGGGGGAGACAAGGGACAGGUGGUGAUGGGCUUGAGGAGGGACACAUGGAAUGUGGGAUGGACCCGCGUGGUGGGGGGAAGUUGCAGGCCGUAGGUCACUGGGUUGACUCGCCGGACCACUCUGAAUGGCCCGACGGGACCGCCGCCUCCUUCUCUUGCUCACGGAAUAGGGGCGCUUGGGAAUGGCAGGGGUCGGAGCAGCCCUGCCGCGGGCUGACGUGAGCUCUUCGUGCAUGCGCACACCGGGCAAGCAGCUACGAAGGCGCGCGUACCCCCCUCAGCAGAUGGCCACCAGAACCUCCUACGCAAGAACUCCAACGUCCUGGCGCCCCUCGGAUGACUGGUGAGGUCGGACACGUGCGCCCACUGAAGCAGUCGCGAGCGCGCAGCCUUGAGUACGUUCAUCCUACCCGAUGGACCUCUGCCUGGAUCGGGCUCCCGCUGUAGCGCUGCUCUGACCAGCCUAUCAAUUCCCCACAAAACUGGGGCAGCCAUCCGGAAACUGAUGUCUUUCCUUGUCUCCGGCUGGGACAAGGAAAGCCAUCGCCUUCGUGUGGGCAUGGCGCCCGGCAGGAGAUCGAUAGCGCAGUCAUCAGGCCUGUGAGGAGGUAGGCCCUUGGCACACCUCUUACUAAAGCCCUCCCCCAGAUCCCAAUACUCCUGCUGAAGAGGUGAGGGCUGGUAGGUGGUCUGGGAUGGUGGUUUGGGCUAAUGAGUGGUCAGUGGCGACCGGAACAGGACGGGGGCGGAGCCUCCCUCCAGGAUGAGCCGCCCCGUGGACCAGUCUAUCCAGGGGUUGUGGGGGACCAGCCAGGGGUCCCCAAGGAUGAGGGCACACUUCGGAGAGUCCACAAUGAAAAACUGGAUAUACUCCCAUAGCCCCCCCGCCACCCGGACACGCACGGGGACAGUGCGCCGGGUGAUGAAGCCCGACACCAAUGGCCGGCCGUCCAGGCCCAUGACCGGAACCGGCUCAGAGAGAGAGAGUAACGGAAUGCUCCACCCUUGGGCCAGCCCCGCGUCCAUCAGGUUUCCCGCGGCCCCAGAAUCCACCAGUGCAUGUGCCCAACGCGCAGCGUGUGCCCACUGAAUCCUGACGUGGAGAAAAGUGUCUCUGGAGUUGGAGUUUCGGUUCCGGCCUGCUAGCACCCCUCCCGAUACCAGCGAGCCCUCCCGUUUUCCCGGCUUCUCCGCAGUACCGGCAACGUCCCUGGGGCAGACGCCUCUGCCUCGCCAUCCGGGACAAGCGCGCCGCACCCAGCUGCAUAGCCUCCUCCUGAGGUGUCUCCGGGCUGAUAGGGAGACGGGGAGGCAAGCUUUGCGUCAUGCCUCUGUCGUACGCCCUCUCACGACGCUGAUUGUCCACCUGCACAGAGAGGUCAACGAGGCCGUCCAGUUGCUCAGGCAGCUCUCUGAAGAAGAGUUUGUCCUUCAUUUUCUCUGAUAGCCCCUGCGCGUACAGGACGACCAGGGCGGCCUCCUCCCAUCCUGCCUCUCGAGCCCGGUUCCGGAACUCCACGGAGUAGUCUGCCACCGAACGGUCACCCUGCCGACAAGCCGUGAGCCGCCUCCCGGCCUCGUGCCCCGACAGCACCCGAGAGAUGUCGAACACCUUGCGGAACUCCCGGGUGAAUUGGUAGGAGUUCCGGGAAAGGGCCCUACCAGUCAACUGAGUGAUAAUGUAGGCAACCCGGCCCUGCUCCGUCGGGAAGGAGGAGUGUUGUAGGCUGAACACCAGGGAACACUGGGUGAGGAAUUCCCUGCAGCCCCCUGGACGUCUGUCGCACCUCUACGGAGGUUCCCGCGAUGUCGCAGGCAAGACUGGAGACGCGGCUUCCGCUCCACCGGCUUCCGGGACUGGUCGGGUGUCCACCCGGCUCUGCACGGAGAUCGUCAGCUGGCGGAGAUUCUCAAUGAUAUGCUGCAGGCUGCGGUCGUGCUGAUCAUGGCUCCCUGCGCUGCCAAUGCGCUAUGAUACUGUGCUGCCUCCAUAUUGGCUCAGUUUUCUGUAAGGGUUGGUGUGAGGUGUGACCCAGGUGUGGUGCAGGAUAGACAGUAGGCAGUAGGCAGAGAUGGUGAAACAAGGAUCUUUACUGGUGGUCCAAAAACCAGGAUACAAAACAACGGACUAUACACGAAAACAAAUGAGGAGCACAUAGGUCCCCAAAAAACAGGCUGACAGCAAACAAUACAAAAUACUAACUCUGACUGGAAAAACACAAUGACACAGGGAGAACACUUCUCGAGUACCAUGCACUGCAUGCAUUAUUUGGUAUUUGACGUUGUACACAGAGGAUAUUUUUUGCAGAAUUCUGCAUGCAGAGUCUCUCUCUCUCUCUCUCUCUCUCUCUCUCUCUCUCUCUCUCUCUCUCUCAAUUCAAUUCAAUUUCAAUGUAAACAUUACACUCAGAAGUUCCAAAAGAAUAAAAACAUUUCAAAUGUAAUAUUAUGUCUAUAUACAGUGUUGUAACCAUGUGCAAAUAGUUCAAGUACAAAUGGGAAAAUAAAUAUGGGUUGUAUCUACAAUGGUGUUCUUCACUGGUUUGCCCUUUUCUUGUGUAUAUAUCUAACUCCCUCCCUUCCUCUCAGAGUGGAGAUGAUGUUGAUGAGGAGGACUCGGAGCAGGAGGACUCCAGUGUCCACAGCUCCUCGGUCCGCUCCGACAGCUCCCCACGGGUCAAGAAGAACAAGAGAGGACGUCCAGCCAAGAAGAAGAAGAAAAGUAAACAAAAUGUUCCUUAAAAAAAGGGUAUAAACUCUGAAUCGGUCUGACUUAUGCUCAACAUGUGAUGUCCCUCUGUCUUUUCUCCUUCUCCCUCUCUGCCACCUCUCUCUCUUAUCCCCCCUCCCUUUUUCCCUCCUCAUUUCCCCUCCCUAAUUUAUUUAUCCAUCAUCCAUCUCCAUCUCUCUCUCUCUCUCUCUCUCUCUCUCUCUCUCUCUCUCUCUCUCUCUCUCUCUCUCUCCUCUCUCUCUCCUCUCUCUCUCUCUCCUCCUCUCUCUCUCUCGCUCUCUGUCUGUCUGUCUGUCUGUCCGUCUGUCUGUCGUCUGUCUGUCUGUCUGUUGUCUGUCUGUCUCUCCUCUCUCUCUCUCUCUCUCUCUUCCAUCCUCCUCUCAUCUCUCGAUAGCUAUAUCUCUCUCUCUCUCUCUCUCUCUCUCUCUCUCUCUCUCUCUCUCUCUCUCUGUCUCUCUCUCUCCUUCUCUCUCUCUGUCAGUGCUGGAUGAGGGUGAGGGGGAGGAGGACGGUUAUGAGACAGACCACCAGGACUACUGUGAGGUGUGCCAGCAGGGAGGGGAGAUCAUUCUGUGUGACACCUGUCCCAGAGCCUACCACCUGGUCUGUCUGGAGCCUGAGCUGGAGAAGGCCCCCGAGGGCAAGUGGAGUUGCCCCCACUGUGUGAGUACCGUAGUCCUCAAAGUUGGUGUUAAUAAUCCUCAAGUCUGCUGAUUGUUUAUGUCAGCAGUACAGACAGAGCUGUGUGUAAUGCUACUUUUUGUGUGUACUCUAUUCACAGUGUGUGAGCCAAUUCAGACCCCUUGACCUUUUCCACAUUUUGUUACAUUACAGCCUUUUUCCUUCAUCAAUCUACACACUAUACCCCAUAAUUACAAAGCAAAAACAGUUUUUUAGACAUUUUUGUAAAUUGCAAAAAAUGUAGCAACUGAAAUAACACAUAUACAUAAGUAUUCAGACCCUUUACUCAGUACUUUGUUGAAGCACCUUCGGCAGCGAUUACAGCCUUGAUUCUUCUUGGGUAUGACGCUACAAGCUUGGCACACCUGUAUUUGGGGAGUUUCUCCCAUUCUUCUCUGCAGAUCCUCUCAAGCUCUGUCAGGUUGGAUGGGGAGCGUCGCUGCACAGCUAUUUUCAGGUCUCUCCAGAGAUGUUCGAUCGAGUUCAAGUCCGGGCUCUGACUGGGCCACUCAAGGACAUUCAGAGACUUGUCUCGAAGCCACUCCUGCGUUGUCUUGGCUGUGUGCUUAAGGUCGUUGUCCUGUUGGAAGGUGUACCUUCGCCCCAGUCUGAGGUCCUGGAGCAGGUUUUCAUCAAGGAUCUCUCUGUACUUUGCUCCGUUCAUUUCUCCCUCGAUCCUGAUUAGUUUCCCAGUCCCUGCCACUGAAAAACAUCCCCACAGCAUGAUGCACCAUGCUUCACCGUAGGGAUGGUGCCGGGUUUCCUCCAGACGUGACGCUUGGCAUUCAGGCCAAAGAGUUCAAUCUUGGAUUCAUCAGACCAGAGAAUCUUGUUUCUCAUGGUCUGAGUCCUUUAGGUGCCUUUUGGCAAACCCCCAAGCAUGAAUGAAGCAAACAUUAAUUAUGAAUUAUGAAUAUGAAUGUUUUCGCUUUGUUAUUAUGGGGUAAUGUGUAUAGAUUGAUGAGGAUUUAUUUUGUUUAAUCAAUUUUAGAAUAAGGCUGUAACGUAACAAAAUGUGGAAAAAGUCAAGGGGUCUGAAUACUUUCCGAAUGCACUGUAAGGUAUCAUCAGACAUAUAAACCCUACCAAUGAUGAUGAUAAUGGAUAAUGGAUCAAAUAAUUGUAUUUACCUAUUAAUUCCCCAUGCAAUCCUCUUCUCCUCCUCCUCUCCUCUUCUCCUCUCCUGUCCUCCUCCUCUCCUCUUCUCCUCUCCUGUCCUCCUCUUCUCCUGUCCUCUUCCUCUCCUCCUCUCCUCUCCUGCAGGAGAAAGAAGGGAUCCAGUGGGAAGCGAAGGAUGAGGACUUUGAGGAGUUUGAGGAGGAGAGUGAGGACAUGGUGGUACCAGAGGUACCUGGGGUUGGACUGCUGGUAGGACUGGAGGAAGAGGAGGAUGACCACAUGGAGUUCUGCAGGGUCUGUAAGGAUGGGGGGGAGCUAUUAUGCUGCGACACCUGUCCCUCCUCCUACCACAUCCACUGCCUCAACCCGCCCCUGCCUGAGAUCCCCAACGGAGAGUGGCUGUGUCCACGCUGCACCGUAAGUCUUGUUUGUUUGUUAUCAUUAUGUGUACAAUGCAAAUGUCCACAAUGUUUGGACAAUAUUUCCUAUUGUAUUAUAUUGUAUUGUAUUCAAUCUACUCUACUUGACAUUACUCUAAUCUAUUUGGAUUCCUCAUUUUCGACUUCUUCCCCCAGUGUCCUGCUAUCAAGGGCAGGGUACAGAGGAUCCUCCACUGGCGAUGGGGCGAGCCCCCCGAUCCUGUACCCGUGCCCCCCACCCCCGAUACCCCUCCUGAUGCUCCCCCGCCACCCCCCAUGAAGGGCAGGGCUGAGAGGGAGUUCUUUGUCAAGCUGACCGGACAGUCCUACUGGCACUGUACCUGGAUCACUGAACUACAGGUGAGAGAGGGAGGGAGGGAGGGAGGAGGGAGAGAGAGGAGAGAGAGAGAGAGGGAGAGAGAGAGAGAGAGAGAGAGGCUGAAAAAGAAAAAGAGGGUGAAACAGUUGGAGGAGAGGCUGAUGUAAUGAUAUGAAAAACGGCAAGACGCUUAGCAUGCAAGUAUCCUACACACUUCCCUUCCUUGCUUUCAUUCAACAAAUGUUCUCUUUCCUCCUAUUCCUCUCCUCUUUUUCAUCCCUCCAUCCCUCUAGCUGGAGAUCUUCCACUCGGUGAUGUUCCGUAACUACCAGAGAAAGACAGAUAUGGAUGAGCCUCCCAGUCUGGACUAUGGGUCGGGGGGAGAGGAGGAGAGUGUUAAGAGUGAGAAGAGGAGGCUGAAAGACCCAGACUACGCUGCCCUGGAUGACAAGUUCUAUAAAUACGGCAUCAAGCCUGAAUGGAUGAUGGUCCACCGCAUCAUCAACCACAGGUACGUGUGCAUGUGGGGUGUGUGUGUGGGGUGGGGUUUGUGUUUGUGUGUGAGGUGGGGUUUGUGUUUGUGUGUGUGUGUGUGUGUGUGUGUGUGUGUGUGUGAGAGAGAUGGGUGUGGGUGGGCGGGCGGGGUGUGUGUGUGAGGCGGGGUGUGUGUGUGUGUGUGCUAGUUUAUUGAUUGUUACAAUAUGUGUGCAGUUCAGGCCAUAAUGUAUGUGUACGGAUGUACGUGUGUGUGUGGGUUUCCCAGUAUGGACAAGAAAGGGAUAUACCACUACCUGGUCAAGUGGAGAGACCUGACCUACGACCAGUGCACAUGGGAGAGAGACGAUCUGGAGAUGCCAGAGUUUGUCAUCCACAGGGCCAACUACUGGGCACACAGGUACUGGACUACUGUACUGGCCAACUGGCAUCCAUGUUGGCACCAAACACUACUACAGUGAAUCUGUCUUGGUAAUGUUAGUGUCAACAUGGUGACCGUCAAAGUUCUACAUCUCAAACCAAAUUUGGCCAACCUUGUAUGCUGUUGUAAAUAGCUCAGGGACACUGGAUUUUUGAUUGGCUGAUUGAUAGAUUGAUUGAUGGAUUGAUUGAUUCAGGGAUGAGGUGAUGAAGGAGGCCCCAGACAUGCCGAGGAGGAUGAGGAGCAUGAGGAUGGAAGAGAGCGAAGACCCCCACAGAUCACCUGUCAACGACGUGAGUUCUGAUUGGCUCACUCACUCUGUAACAGCCACAUCUAUAGGUCGUCAUUCCGGUAGCCGAUCAACUCUCUCUACCAAGUCAAAACUAGUGUCAUUCUGUACAUGUAUGUCAAUUAUGUUUAUCUUCUUUUUCCCCGUUCAUCACCAUCCCUCCUUCUCUUUCCUUCUCUUCCAGCCUACGAUAAAGUACGAGGAGCAGCCAGACUUUGUGACGGCGACGGGGGGCACUCUGCACCUGUACCAGCUGGAGGGGCUCAACUGGCUGCGUUUCAGCUGGGCACAGGGCACUGACACCAUCCUGGCAGACGAGAUGGGGCUGGGCAAGACCAUCCAGACCAUCGUUUUCCUCUACUCACUCUUCAAAGAGGUAGGACGGAACCGUUAGGAACUCUGUGUUCUAUGUGCUAUGCAAAAUCCCGAUUGAGUAUCCUGUUGUAUUUUAAUAGAAUAAUAAAGUAUUAUAUUCUGUUUUAAUAGAAUAAUAAAGUAUUAUAUUCUGUUUUAAUAGAAUAAUAAAGUAUUAUUUUCUGUUUUAAUAGAAUAAUAAAGUAUUAUAUUCUGUUUUAAUAGAAUAAUAAGUUAUAUUGUUUAAUAGAUAAUAAGUAUUUAUUCGUUUUAAUAGAUAAUAAAGUAUAUAUUCUGUUUAAUAGAAUAAAUCUAUUAUAUUCUAUUUGAAUAGAUAAUAAAGUCAUUAUAUUAGAUUCUUCAUCAAUGCAUCUUUCUUCUCCACUGUCAUCUUUGUAAAAAAAAAAGAAAAUCUCUCUCCUCCCCUCUUCCCCCCACCAAGGGCCACACUAGGGGCCCGUUCCUGGUGAGCGCCCCCCUCUCCACCAUCAUUAACUGGGAGAGAGAGUUUGAAAUGUGGGCUCCUGACUUCUACGUGGUGACCUACACAGGGGACAAGGACAGCAGAGCCAUCAUCAGAGAGAACGAGCUGACCUUCGACGACGCGGCCGUACGGGGAGGGAAGAAAGCCUUCAAACUGAGGGUGAGGAAGGAGGGGAGGGGAGGGGAGAGGAGGGGGGAGAGAAGAGGAGAGUUCAUCCCAUCUUCUAAAAAAGUAAAACAUUGAAUAUCUGCUUCUGUUUCUCUCUGUCCCUCUCCCCCUCCCAUCCUCUCUAUCCCCUCUCUCUCCCCUCCCUCCUCCUCUCUCUCUCCUCUCCAGAGAGAAGCCCCUAUAAAGUUCCAUGUCCUGUUGACCUCCUAUGAGCUGGUGACGAUAGACCAGACCUCCCUGAAGUCUAUAGACUGGCCCUGUCUAGUGGUGGACGAGGCCCACCGCCUCAAGAACAACCAGAGCAAGGUAGGCUGCCCAUGUUUGGUUUUGUGUGUGUGUUUGUGUGCGUUUGUAUUGUAUUUAACUUCGGCCAAUCAGGUCAUGUCUCUCUGUUCCUACUCCCCGCCUACAAGCAGGAACUCAAGAGGGACCCACCAACACAGAGAAUAGUGAGGCGCUGGACAGAGGUGGCAGGCUCAAUGCUGCAGGAUUGUUUUGAGAAUACUGAUUGGAAUAUGGUCAAAGAUUCAUCCACCCAGGACUCAUCCAUCAACAUUGAGGAAUAUACAUCGUCAGUCAAAGGCUUCAUUAGGAAAUGUGUUGAUGAUGUUGUACCCACAAAAACAAUCCGGACAUUCCCCAACCCAAUGGUGUAGUGGAGGGUAUAUGCAGGUAUACGCCAUAUACCCACUUAUUUUUCAUUUUUCAUUAUACUCACUUCUUAAUCCCCCCUGAUAGGUAUCAAAGUAGUGUAGUGGAGGUAUACGCCAUGUCAACUAAUAGGGCUGAUGGAACAGAUCAGACUUUUUAGCUUAAAAUGUUGAUAAACUAUUAUUUCAUCACAUUUUAGGCGCAGCAGUAGGCCUACGUGUGAAUGUUUCAAAAUGCAAUUUGCGGGAAAACACCAAGUUCUAAAAUGUGCACCGCACAUACAAGUGGUUUCAUGAACAGAGAUGUAAAUAUCUGUUAGAAAGAGGGGGGAUUUAAAGAUGCAACAACUAUCAUGGGUUGCUAAUAUGACUAGGAUAAUGCCUUUUGGCUGCUAGACAAUGAAACAAAGUUUCUUUAUAAAAAUAAUUGCCUCCACGUUUCUAUGGUGGAAUUUUGGCUAUAGGCUACUUUGAAGCAAGAUACAGUGGGGAAAAAAAGUAUUUAGUCAGCCACCAAUUGUGCAAGUUCUCCCACUUAAAAAGAUGAGAGAGGCCUGUAAUUUUCAUCAUAGGUACACGUCAACUAUGACAGACAAAUUGAGAAAAUCAAAUACCAGAAAAUCACAUUGUAGGAUUUUUUAUGAAUUUAUUUGCAAAUUAUGGUGGAAAAUAAGUAUUUGGUCACCUACAAACAAGCAAGAUUUCUAGCUCUCACAGACCUGUAACUUCUUCUUUAAGAGGCUCCUCUGUCCUCCACUCGUUACCUGUAUUAAUGGCACCUGUUUGAACUUGUUAUCAGUAUAAAAGACACCUGUCCACAACCUCAAACAGUCACACUCCAAACUCCACUAUGGCCAAGACCAAAGAGCUGUCAAAGGACACCAGAAACAAAAUUGUAGACCUGCACCAGGCUGGGAAGACUGAAUCUGCAAUAGGUAAGCAGCUUGGUUUGAAGAAAUCAACUGUGGGAGCAAUUAUUAGGAAAUGGAAGACAUACAAGACCACUGAUAAUCUCCCUCGAUCUGGGGCUCCACGCAAGAUCUCACCCCGUGGGGUCAAAAUGAUCACAAGAACGGUGAGCAAAAAUCCCAGAACCACACGGGGGGACCUAGUGAAUGACCUGCAGAGAGCUGGGACCAAAGUAACAAAGCCUACCAUCAGUAACACACUACGCCGCCAGGGACUCAAAUCCUGCAGUGUCAGACGUGUCCCCCUGCUUAAGCCAGUACAUGUCCAGGCCCGUCUGAAGUUUGCUAGAGUGCAUUUGGAUGAUCCAAAAGAGGAUUGGGAGAAUGUCAUAUGGUCAGAUGAAACCAAAAUAUAACUUUUUGGUAAAAACUCUACUCGUCGUGUUUGGAGGACAAAGAAUGCUGAGUUGCAUCCAAAGAACACCAUACCUACUGUGAAGCAUGGGGGGUGGAAACAUCAUGCUUUGGGGCUGUUUUUCUGCAAAGGGACCAGGACGACUGAUCCGUGUAAAGGAAAGAAUGAAUGGGGCCAUGUAUCGUGAGAUUUUGAGUGAAAACCUCCUUCAAUCAGCAAGGGCAUUGAAGAUGAAAUGUGGCUGGGUCUUUCAGCAUGACAAUGAUCCCAAACACACCGCCCGGGCAACGAAGGAGUGGCUUCGUAAGAAGCAUUUCAAGGUCCUGGAGUGGCCUAGCCAGUCUCCAGAUCUCAACCCCAUAGAAAAUCUUUGGAGGGAGUUGAAAGUCCGUGUUGCCCAGCGACAGCCCCAAAACAUCACUGCUCUAGAGGAGAUCUGCAUGGAGGAAUGGGCCAAAAUACCAGCAACAGUGUGUGAAAACCUUGUGAAGACUUACAGAAAACGUUUGACCUGUGUCAUUGCCAACAAAGGGUAUAUAACAAAGUAUUGAGAAACUUUUGUUAUUGACCAAAUACUUAUUUUCCACCAUAAUUUGCAAAUAAAUUCAUUAAAAAUCCUACAAUGUGAUUUUCUGGAUUUCUUCUUCUCAUUUUGUCUGUCAUAGUUGACGUGUACCUAUGAUGAAAAUUACAGGCCUCUCUCAUCUUUUUAAGUGGGAGAACUUGCACAAUUGGUGGCUGACUAAAUACUUAUUUUCCCCACUGUAAGACAUGCCUCAUAAUAUGAAGUAAAACGUCCAGGUUUCAAACAAUUAAGAAACUGGGAAAAUAUAGCGAUGCUAAUGUUAGGACUAACUAUCUUCUGGUAGAUGGAAAGGCUUUCCCAGAAACCUUCUCUAUUAAAUGUUAACUAGCUAUGCCUACCUUUCAGAAUGAUAUCAUGAUUAUUUGCGUCAAUCCAGUGGACAUUUCUUUUGCAAACUCCAUCUCAUGUGCUACAGAAACAACGCUAAUCAAACAAUAGGGCUAGGUGCCUGCACAUGUGAAUUAAAGGGUUACUCAAAAAUAUCUAAAUUUCUUCGAUUUUCCCAGACCUCAAAAGUGGUCUCCUGAUGUGGUUUAAGCCUUGAUAUUGACUUAGAACAUACAAUUAUGUUGUUUUUCUGUUUAAAAAAGGAUGACUUUGACCUGAAAAAAUUGGGGGAAAUCUGAAACCUGUGAAUUUAUGACUCAGUUUUUCUGUUUCAAUAGCAGGCCUACUAUUAUCCUACUUCACAGUACAGCUUGGGUUGGCCUGACUGUGAAAGACCAAUAUUGUAUUUAUCAUUGUAGGUCAUUCAUAGGUCAUUCUUUCUUAUCAAAUUUUUCAGACAGGGCGCCUUUUCUUCGCCGGACAGGCCGUUUGGAAAACUAAAGGGCAAAAUUAGAGUAUACCUGCACCACUACACCACUGCCCCAACCAAAAACCCUAGAUGAACGGAGAUAUCCGUACAAUGCUGAUAGCCCGUACUGCAGCAUUCAAUGUCAGCAGAACGAACCCGAUGACUCGGUGGCGCGCGACGCGUACAAGGCAACCAAGUACGAGCUCCCCAAAUCCAUUAGGGACGCAAAAAGACAAUACAGACUCAAACCUUAAAUUGAUGUUCGACAACUCAGACUCACGACGCAUGUGGCAAAGACUACACACUACCAAAGACUACAAAGGCAAAUCCAGCUGUGCGGUGCCCACCGAAGCCUCCCUCCCAGACAAGCUCAACACAUUCUAUGCUCGCUUCGAGGCAGACAAUACCGAGGUAUCCAGGAAAACUCUCGCUGCUCCAGACGACCAGGUGCUUUCGCUCUCCGAGGGUGAUGUGAGGAAAACUCUCAAACGAGUGAAUACUCACAAAGCCACCAGCCCAGAUGGCAUCCCUGGCCGUGUCCUCAGAGUGUGUGCUGACCAGUUGGCAGGCGUCUUCUCAGACAUCUUCAACCUGUCCCUCUCCCUGGCUGUAGUCCUCACCUGCUUUAAGGAGACCACCAUCAUCCCAGUGCCCAAGAAAAACAAGGUGACAUCCCCAAAUGACUAUCGCCCGUCGCGCUCACCUUGGUCAUCAUGAAGUGCUUCGAGAGGCUGGUCAUGGCCCACAUCAAGGCCAGCAUCCCACGCACACUGGACCCACUCCAAUUUGUCUACCGCUCCUACAGAUCCACGGAAGAUACCAUUUCCAUCGCUACUCACAUGGCCGUAACACAUCUGGACAAGAGGAACACCUAUGUGAGAAUGCUGUAUAUUGACUACAGUUCAGCAUUCGACACUACUGUUCCCUCCAAGCUCGACACCAAGCUCAGAGCCCUGGGUCUGGACACCACCCUCUGCAACUGGAUCCUGGACUUCCUGACGGGCAGACCACAGGCUGUGAGGAUUGGCAACAACACCUCCUACACACUGACUCUUAACACAGGUGUCCCUCAGGAGUGUGUCCUCAGCCCUCUGCUGUACUCCCUGUUCACCCACGACUGCGUGACUUUGAACGACACCAACUCCAUCAUCAAGUUUGCUGACGACACCACGGUUGUAGGCCUGAUAACCAACAACGAGUUAGCCUAUAGGGAGGAGGUAAGUGAACUGGCAUUGUGGUGCCAGGACAACAAUCUCUCCCUCAAUGUCAGCAAAACAGAGUUGAUUUUUGACUUCAGGAUGCAGAGGAGGAAACAUUCCCUGAUCCACAUCAACAGGACUACAGUAGAGAGAGUCAAGAGUUUUAAGUUCCUCUGUGUCCACGUCACCGAGGACUUGUUAUGGACCAACAACACCACCACCAUUGUCAAGAGGGCGCGGCAGCGUCUCUACUUCCUAAGGUGGCUGAAGAAAUUCGGCAAGCCACCCCGGGUCCUCUCCAAAUACUACCGCUGCACCAUCGAGAGCGUCCUGACCGGUUGCUUCACGGCCUGGUAUGGGAAUUGUUCCGUCCACAACCGCAAGGCCCUCCAGCAGAUGGUGAAGACGGCCCAGUACAUUACUGGAACCGUGCUCCCACCCAUCCAGGACAUAUACUUGAAACAGUGCCUGAGGAAAGCCAGCAGCAUCAUCAAGAACCCCACACACAAGCUGUUCUCUCCCUUACCGUCAUGAAGAUAGUAUCGGAGCAUGAGGUCUGAUACCAACAGACUCAGAGACAGUUUGUAUCUACACGCCAUCAGACUGCCGAACACUUGAACUGGACUGACCACCUGCUUUGAUUCUCCACACCUUAGCACACAUGCACUCACUCAUGCAACCCCCCCCCACAUAAACACCACAUUCAUGCUACACACACAUCACAACUGCUGCUACCAGACUCUUAUUAUACUGCUCAAUUUAUACACUUGCCCCCACCCAUAGUGAUAUACUUAUCAUUCAGACCUCUAUCCAAGCGACUUACAUAUGAAUAAUAUCUUUUAUAUGCCCCUGGACAAACCACACACAACAUCUUCACACAAUGGCUGUGUUUACACGACAGACCAAUUUGAUCUUUUGCCCCACUAAUGGACUUUUGGACCUAUCAAAGAUCAAUUAAAUUGGUUGCCAAAGAUCAAGGAAUGGGGCUCCUGUGUAAAAAACAAGCCAUAGAAAACACACAUACACAUUCAUAAACAAUUACAUAUAGGGCACUGACACCAGGGACUUGGAACGUAUGUGGAUGUAUAGAUGGCACCACACUCAUAGGUACGUGUUUAGAAACAGCGGGGGCUGCCCAAAUUCGGGGAAUGAAUUUUUUGCCCACUAAUUGUUCUUGAACCAAUCAGAUCAAGCUCUUGGAAAGGAAAAAAAAAGAUUCAAUUCUGACUGGUGAAAAAGAAUUCUGAUUGUUGUGAUUGGUCAAAAUACAAAUUAGGGAAUUGGCUGCUUUUUCUAAACACGCAGCAAUAUUAAGCAUUUAGAUUAUAAAACACGCAAAACCAACUCAACCACACAGCACAGUUGUUUGGCAUCUCUAACUUCUAUUUUAACCUAUAAUGUCGGUCCACUCACCAGAACAUUCCUUUCCACUCUCCCCUCCUCUCCCUCCCCCUCCCUCCCCGUCUGGUUACAGUAAUCUGGGAGGUGGUUUCCUGGAGGGAGUUUUGCAGACAUCUCCAAGGGAGGACCAGAAUCCAGAAGCUUCACGACCUGCUGGGUUCCCCACAGUGUUUGAGGAGGCUGGAAGGCUGACGUCCUUCAAAGAAAAACUGGCGGCCAAGACUGUAGCUUUUAUCGUUACACGAAAGUGGAAACUCCGCCCCUAUGCAGAGAAUCAGAAAGAAGUAGGAAAGGAGGAGUGGAGGUGGGGAAGGGUGGGAGAGAGUUGGUUGGGAAUGGGGGGUGGGGGGGGGAGGGGGCAUUGGGAGGGGAGGAGAGAAGGAUAG